AUGAGUGAACAACAAAGUAACAGCAAUAACCAGUUGGUAGUGCAGAAUUCAGGGAGUUUAAGCUUCAGUAGUCACUUGUCGAAGGAAGAUGAAGAGAUGUCUAGGUCUGCUCUUUCAACUUUCAGGGCUAAAGAAGAAGAAAUUGAAAAGAAGAAGAUGGAAGUGAGAGAGAAAGUUCAGUUUCAGUUAGGUCGAGUUGAAGAAGAAACCAAACGUCUUGCUACAAUUCGUGAGGAAUUUCAGGAGCUUGAAGCACUUGCGGAUCCAAUGAGAAAAGAAGUUUCAGUUGUUAGGAAGAGAAUUGAUUCAGUAAACAAAGAAUUAAAGCCACUUGGUCUAUCUUGCCAGAAGAAGGAGAAAGAAUACAAAGAUGCUCUUGAAGCUUUUAAUGAUAAAAACAGAGAAAAAGUACAGUUAAUUACUAAAUUAAUGGAGUUGGUGAGUGAAAGUGAAAGAUUGAGGAUGAAGAAGCUGGAGGAGCUGAGUAAGAACAUAGAUUCAAUGCAAAUGCAAUGA